AUGGGUGGUGGUGUAGCGAGAGCAGGAAAGAAACGAGGCUGGGCGUGGGUCUUGGACUAUGACCUGUACGAGCUACUGGGCGUGGAGCGGUCCUCACCGCAGUCGGAGAUCAAGGUGGCGUGCCGAUCACUGCAGAAGCGGUGCCACCCAGACGUGGCCGGCGCCGCCGAGGGCCACGACAUGGACAUCAUCCUCAAUGAGGUGUACGUGCUGCUCUCCGACCCGGUCGCGUGCCUCGCGUAUGAUCGGGAGCAGGCGCGCCGCUCCAAGUUCGCCGGCUACACGGGCCGCCCGCUCUAUUCCUCCUGGCUCGGCGCCGACACCGAGCGCUGCGCCAUCUUCGUUGAUGAGGUCCGCUGCGUUGGCUGCCUGAAGUGCGCGCUCCAUGCGUUCAGGAGCUUCACCAUCGAGUCCGUCUACGGAUGCACCCACGUCGCCGCGCAGUGGGCUGACGACAAGGACAGGAUCACCGACGCCAUCAGCACCUGCCCUGUCGACUGCAUCUCAUAA